AUGUCUGACAAAAUUCUAUGUUGUUGCGUUGAUAUCUCAAAUUCGGUUCAAUCUUCUUCUGAAAACCCGUAUAUUAAUUCUACGACCAAUCAAGUUCCCGUAACACCUCGUAGAUUAACGACUUUAAGCAAAUUUACCUCUUAUGGCUGUGGACAUCAAAAUAGCAGUAGCUCAUCGAAUAAUACUACCAGUACCAAGACAACCGUCACUUCCGUUUCCGCUGAUUCUUAUAACGAACACACUGCUUCUUUUAAUUCUUCUAUUACAAAGUCCAAUUCAACUUCCUCAAAUAAUACGAUAAAUCCGCAAGUUGCUUCACAAGGGAAAAUAAAGAAAUUCUUCACCAAAUCAAAGAAAAACGAUCCACAACUUACAAAAGCGGCUCAAUUAUUAGAACAAAAUCAAUUUCAUGAAUCAAUAAUAUAUUUCACAAGAGUGUUGGACAAAUCCAAUUCAUAUUCGGCAAGAUGUGAUCGAGCGUACGCGUAUCGUCAAUUGGAAAAAUGGGUUCCGGCUUUACAAGAUUUAAACAUUGCGAUACAACGAUUUCCACAAAAAUCUAGAGCUUACGCUUUAAGGGGUGAAUUAUAUCACUUUAUAAAAAAGUAUGAUUUGGCAAUGAUAGAUUUAUCAAAAUCCUUGAAAUUACAACAAACCGCCUUCGCGUUUAGAACGAGAGCUGAUGUCAAUUGUUCUUUAUUAAAGUAUCCCGAAGCUAUCUAUGAUUUAAAUUCUGCCUUGGAUUUGGAACCAUACAACCCUUAUACGUUAACUUGUCGAUCAAAAGUGUACUGUAAAUUAAACAAAUUCGCUGAAGCUUUGUUGGAUUUGGAUAAUGUAUUGAUUUAUGACCCACAAAAUGCCUCUACUACUUUGGCGAAUCGAGGUGAAGUUUAUCGAUUAAUCGGUAGGAUCGAUAUGGCAUUCGCUGAUUUGAAUAGCGCGUUGGAAAGGGAAGAAAAUAACAUGUUGGCCUUGGAAAGAAGGGGUUUGCUAUUUAAACAUAUCUGUAGGUACGUAGAAGCAUUGAGGGAUUUUGAUGAGAUACUAAAGUUAAAUCCUAAAUCAGUAUGUGGUCAUGAAAAUCGUGGUGAAAUUUAUCAGUCCCUCGGAAAUUUAAAUGAAGCACUUUAUAAUUUUGAUGAAGCCUUGAAAUUAGAUAAAGGUAAUCUUUCGAUACUUAAGCAUAGAAGUGAAAUACAUCGUUUACUUGGAAAUUAUCAAGCCGCCAUCAACGAUCUAGAUCAUGCUUUAAGCUUGAGUCCUAAUGAUCCUUUCUUGCUGAGAGGUAGGGGAGAGGUGUAUCGGUUGGUUCAAUGCUUUGAAAAAUCUUUGGAUGACUUUAAUAAAUCUCUUAAAUUGGAACCUUGUAACGCUUUCGCUCUUACAAGUCGUGGGGAAGUUUUUCGCAUGUUGAGGCAAGGUCAAAAUGCCAUUGUUGAUUUGGAUCAAGCGAUCUCUAUUUCACCUGAUAACCUUCUCGCACGCGAGAGUAGGGGUGCGUUAAAUAGGACAUUUCGUAGAUAUGAAGAAGCAUUGCGUGAUUUAGAUUACGCUUUACAAUUAAAACCUAAUAGUAUCUUCGCUUUGGCAAAUCGUGGUGCAGUCUAUUACAUGUUGGGUAGAUAUUGUGAAUCUCAAAUGGAUUUGGACAAGGCAUUACAGUUAUGUCAUAAUUAUUCUUUUGCUCUGGAGAAUCGUGGUGCUUUGUUUAAUACCCUUGGAAAUUAUGAGCAAGCUUUAUUGGAUUUAAAUAAACUUUUAUCACUUGAGCCGGAAAAUACCUGGGCCUUAUGUUAUAGAGGUGAAGCUUUUUACGCUUUGGAGAGACAUGAUGAGGCUUUAAUUGAUAUUAAUAAAGUGUUGGAUAUACAACCGACUUGGUGUUAUCCUCUUUCACUUCGUGGUGCUAUAUACCGAUCUUUGGGAUAUUACGUAAAGGCAUUAGAAGAUUUGUCCAGGAGUCUAAUUAACGCUAAAGAUAAAGCGUAUAAUAUCAAGUAUGAGAACAAAGCUUUAUUAAAUCGUGGGAGUACUUAUAGAAUUAUUGGUAAAUUUAAUGAAGCAUUGCAUGAUCUUAAUAAAGCUUUGAUGAGAAAUCCUAAAAAUAUUUUUGGAUUAUGCGAAAGGAGUUGUGUUUAUUAUAGUAUGGAACUUUAUGAUCAUGCUUUAGUUGAUUUAGACGCGGUAUUAAAUAUUGAUCCUAAUAAUGCAUUUGCCCAAAGUCAAAGAACAAAAUUGGAAUAUAUCAGAAAUGGUAAUGAGAGUGAUACGAGUUCCAGAACUAGUUCAGGUCAAUACUAUAAUUAUUAUUCUUUGAGAAGGGUCGACGAAAUUUAG